UUACUGACUGCUGACUGGCUGCUGGUUCAAGGUCGAGAUGCCAUCACAAAAGAGUUUCAGUUCACCGACUUUGCUGCUGCAUUUGGCUUCAUGUCUCGUAUUGCCAUUGCUGCUGAAAAGGUAUUUGCACUGUCUUGGUCUAAUGUAUACAAUCGAGUUCAAAUCACUCUUUCUACUCACGAUUGUUCUGGUCUGAGCAUUCGAGAUAUCAACCUGGCAAAGGUGAUUGAU